AAAACGGUUAGAGUCAUGCCAAAUGUAACCACCGAAAUGCUUUUCUCCCAAAUGCGAGUAGCGCCACUCCAUCAAAUCCUCUCUGAUUUCGUGUAAAUCUUUGAAUUUUUUGGUUUUUUUCAAGAAAUGGAGGAAAUUGGAGGAACGGAGAGGGUUUUGGAGCUGAAGAAGGAGCUGCGGAGAGUGACGGAAGCGUUGAUGGUGGAUGAUGAGGAGGAUGGCGAUUUGGGGGUUACUGAUCAUGCAAUUGAGACAUUGCGUGCCCUAAAGGAGUUGGAGCUGAGACGGAGUGAUUUUGGUGAGGGGGUUGUGAAGCUGAAGAAUCUGGAAUUGCAAGAGCCGCCUCGGGAAUUCCGGUGCCCAAUUUCUGGGGUUUUGAUGAAGGAGCCUGUUGUUGCUGCCUCUGGUCAGACAUUUGAGGAGUUAUCAAUUCGAAAAUGGCUAAAUGAGGGCAACACAAAAUGCCCAACGACUCAUCAACUACUGCCUCACACUGCCCUAAUCCCAAAUCACUCAAUCAAGAACAUGAUCACCAGCUGGCGCAACGCCACUGGAAAAGGCGACGCGCGCCCUACUCGUGCUGAUGAUCCCGGACCAAACCUGACUAGGGAACAUCUGGUAAAGCUGCUCGAGACUCUCCCGGAUCAGACUUCCUCUGUGGGAGAGCUCCGUCUCCUCACAGCCUGUUCCUCCUCUGCCCGCGCCCUCAUUGGUGAGAUCAGCGGCGCCAUACCCCGACUCCUCUCUCCAUUCUUGAUCGAGAGGUGCUACUCCGAUCCCGUAUUGUACGAGGAUAUGGUUGAAACGAUCUUGAACAUUUCCGUUGAUCACUCGUGCCAGACGAAGAUCUUGGAAGGGGGCACGACCACGACCACAUCGGCCAUAAUUUCAUUCCUCUCGGACGCAUUGAGGAGUAAGAAUAGCGACACGAGAGGCCACGCCGCUGCUGCCCUUUCCACCCUAUCGGCCCUUGAUGCAAACAAGGCCGUGAUUGGAGAAUCGGACGCGAUCAAGCCGCUGAUCAAGCUCUUGGAAGAAGGGCAUCCAUUGGUUUCAAGAGAUGCUGCUUUUGCUAUCCUCAAUUUGUGCACAUUGGUUGAAAAUAGGGAGAGAGCUCUCUCCCAUGGAGCGGUCACGGUCGUCAUUGACAAGAUUGUUGCUCGUGUCUUCCUCGAUGAAAUGCUCGAGAUCCUCGCACGUUUCUCCGGCCACCGGAAGGCUGUGGAGGAGAUGGAACAGCGCAAUAUGGUGUCGUGUCUACUUAGUAUAUUAGGAGAAGAUGUUGGUGAACGUUGUAAGGAAAAUUGUGUGGCCAUUGUGUAUAGUAUGUGUUAUAGUGAUCCUAGGAAGCUAGUUAUGAUAACCGAACGUGAGGCUCUCUCUCGUGUAGCGAAGACCGGGACGUCGAGGGCAAAGAGGAAGGCGACCGGUCUUCUCGAGAGGCUAGAUAGGUUCGCUUUCGUCUCAUACACUAUGUAGAGGUUGGUCAAUUUCGGGCGUUCGGGUCAAUUUAGGGAUAAAUAGGGAACCAUUAUUGAUCAUAUUUUGUAAUGAAAAGUGUAAAUGAAGUAGUAUAUGUUAAUGACCAUUCAAUUGAA